AUGUCCAUCACUGUGAGGUACCAAGGUACUUACACCAUAAAGCCUGAGACGGCGACAUGGGGUGGCCACCUACCGCUCUCAGAGCUAGACCAAAUUGGCACCAUCACCCAUGUGCCCAUCAUUUACUUCUACAAACUACCCCUUGAAUUGCUCCACCCAGCCGAUGCCAUCUUCAACAUUCUCCGGGUUUCACUGAGCCGUGUGCUGGUCCCGUUCUAUCCGCUCGCUGGAAGACUCAAGCGGCUUGACAGGGGACGGCUUCGACUUGAUUGCAAUGCCAUGGGCGUUUGGCUCAUCGAGGCCGAAUCCGAAGGCACGCUCAAUGACUUGGGCGAUUUUUGUCCAUCUCAGGAGUUUGAACAGAUUGUGCCAAGCGUGGACUACACGACGCCGAUCCAUGAGCUGCCGCUAUUGCUAGUUCAAGUCACCAAGUUCAAGUGUGGUGGGCUCGCUUUGAGCACCACUAUAUCUCAUGCGGUUGCUGAUGGGCCAAGUGCUACUCAUUUCAUGAACGAGUGGGCCCGUCUCGCCCGUGGCGAGCCACUGAGUGUUGAGCCGUAUUAUGAUAGAAAGGUUUUAUGGGUGGGUGAAGAUCCAUCCGGCGUACUGCUGCCACCGCCAAACUUGGAGCACUCCGAGUUUAACCACCCGCCAUUGCUAAUCGGCCACACUAAAAACCUGGAACAGCGCAUGAAGAAGACCACCAUGGCCUUGCUAAAGUUGACGAAGACCCAGGUUGAAUCCCUAAAGAAGGCGGCGAACAAGGAACGAGCCUGCAACAACCCUCGCCCCUACACCCGAUACGAGACGAUGGCCGCACACAUAUGGCGGUGUGCUUGCAAGGCACGCAAGCACAAGCCUGAGCAACCGACCGUGCUGUGCAUUUGCGUUGAUGCCCGCAGCCGCCUGCAGCCACCCCUAAAGCCCGGAUACUUUGGCAAUGCGACCUUUGACGUCGUCGCAGCUGGCACAUCCGGCGAGCUGGUGUCCAGCCCGCUCAGGUGCACCUCAAGCAAGAUUCGAGAGGCCAUCGAGGCAGUGACCUACGAACAUGUAAAGUCAACCAUUGAGCACAUCCGGAGACAACCGGACCUGACCAUGUUUCAGGAUCUGCAUGCGCUAGGAAGCACACAGGGGCUUUUCUAUGGAAACCCUAAUCUUGGGGUGGUGAGCUGGUUGACGAUGCCGGUGUACGGCCUUGACUUCGGGUGGGGGAGAGAGAUUCACAUGGGGCCUGGGAACCACGAUUUCGACGGCGAUUGUCUGGUUCUUCCAAGUUCUGAUGAAGCAGGUGGCUUGGUGGUUGCCGUGGGCUUGCAAAUAGAGCACAUGGAAGAUUUCAAGAAGUUCUUCUAUGAGGACAUCGUUGAGUAA